GGCAUGUGACGUGUUUCCGUCAUCAGCUCCACCGUUGUUGGACCCGCGGUGUGUCGGUCUAAUGUCGGUGUUGCACAUUUUCUUUAGGUUAAAGUUAUUUAUUGAAACAGAAACUGUUUAUCCGGCUGAUGUUUACCAUGUCUCUCUAACGCGGCCUGUUUCCUCCCAGACAUGGAAACGUAGCAGUCGGUUUCACGGACGGUGGGUCAGCAUUAGCUGUUAGCUUAGCCUCUCAGGCCGGGCUGUAUGUGAGCACACAGGCCGUGCUCACCGCCUCGCUCCCUAACAAUGUACCCCUCCUGGGGGAAUUACGCUGGAUCUCAUUCGCAAAACUAUGGAGGUCCCGGGCCUCGUAAACCACCGGGUGCCGCCCCUGCCGCGGGAUUUGGCGGCUUCGAAGCCCCUCCCGGCGGCGGUGGUGGUGCCGGUGGUGGAGGCGGCGGCGGCUCGCUGUUCUCCAGCCUCCAGGAGCAGCACCUCCAGCAGAUGCAGCAGCUGCAGAUGCUGCACCAGAAGCAGCUCCAGUCGGUGUUGCAUCACGGUAACAGCGCCGGGGCGUACGGUGGUGGGUACUCAGGCUCACAGUGGGACUCCGAGGCUCCGGGACAUAUAGACGGCAGCACUGGAGCUCAGACCUACCUGAAACAAGACGACACCUCGGCUCCUUCGGCGAGAGCACCUUCUGCUCCCAAGUCGGGUCACCCGCAGCCGCCUCCGCCUCCACCACAGCCGCACGCCGCCGAGUCCCAACCGUGUCCUCCCCCUCCGGAGCCUCCGUCAGCAAAGCCCCCGGAGAAUAACGAUGGCUCCAAAGAGGCCAGCAAGAAGGAUGCGUCCACGACAGAAGACGACAAAUCUUUAGCAUUACAGGAACAACAGCAACGUUGGUACAAACAGCAUCUUCAGAAUCUACAGAAGUUAAAGCAAGAGAAAGCCAAACAGAAUCAAAAAGAAGGUGAUGGCCAUGUGCCGCCACUCCCAGGUCAGGGAGUUCCUCCUCCACCUCCAUCAGAACCUCCAAAAAAUGCACCUCCUCCACCCCCACCAAGAGAUGAUCCCCCAGCACCUCCUCCACCACCUGAUGAAAUAAGGCCUGACGCCCACCAUGACCCAGUGGAGGCUGCCCGCCUCCAGCAGUUGCAGGCUGCAGCAGCACAGUGGCAGCAGGUGCAACAGCAGAGAGCAGGCUUACAAUACCAGGCUCUCAUGCAACAGCAUGAGAAGCUGCAGCAGAUCCUGGAGAAAUACCAACAGCUGAUUCAGCAACCAGCAGACCUUCAGUCAAUGUCUCCUGAAAUGCAGCUGAGGCACUAUGAAAUGCAACAACAGCAGUUCACCCCUUUAUUUCAAGACUGGGAUCGCUCAUUUGUCUUGUGGUAUGAGCAGUUCAAGACUUAUCCCCACAAAGACCAACUGCAGGACUAUGAGCACCAAUGGAAGCAAUGGCAGGAGCAGAUGAAUGCCACCAAUGCCCACCUUCAAGAAAGGAUGGCCACUCUGACUGCCAUGGUGCCAUUUGCCUCAGGCCAGUAUAACAGUGGAAUGAUGGGACAAUAUGGCCAGUACCCUGGACAAGACAUGCAAAUGCAGCAGCAGUCACUAAACGUGGGUAUACAGCAUUCUACAAGUGCUGUUGGUCCCAGAUCUCAAGGUCCACUGCCUACAGGGUUUGGGCCACACCAGGAAUCACCUGCUGGACCUCCUGUGAGAGGAAUUGGUCCUUCAGGCAUCGGAGCACAAUCCUCAGGUCCCCCCACAAUUCCGCCACCAAGCUUCAACAGUGCACAAGGUCCACGAUUUGACCAACCACAGCAGCGCUUUGAUGGUCCCCCAAGAUUCGACCAACCACGGCAGCGUUUUGAUGGUCCCCCAAGGUUCGACCCCCCACAGCAACGCUUUGAUGGUCCCCCAAGGUUUGAGCAACCACGGCAGCGCUUUGAUGGUCCACCAAGGUUUGACCAGCCACAGCAGCGUUUUGAUGGUCCCCCAAGGUUUGACCAGCCACAACAGCGUUUUGAUGGUCCGUCACGGUUUGACCAACCACGGCAGCGAUUUGAUGGUACUCCCAGAUUUGACCAACCACGGCAGGGCUUUAAUGGGCCUCCCAGAUUUGACCAACCACGGCAGCGCUUUGAUGGCCCCCCUAGAUUUGAUCAACCUCGAUUUGGGCAACAGCCAAGGUUUGAACAACCCCCUAGGCAUCCUGGCCCUCCGCUUGGUUUUGAGCGUCCUCCUCUGCUCCAGCAAAAACAACAGCAAGGUCUCCAACCUAAAGCAGAAAUGGCCACUAAAACACCUGUUGGUGUGGACUCCAAGACAACUGAAAAAUCUGAUGUACAGCCACAAUCUGAAAAAGAAAACAGUGACUCAAGGCCAGAUGACAAGGCCAAAGCCGAAGACUUGACAGAUGAUAACAUGCUUGAAAAUGAAGGGUUUUUUGUCCAGAAUGACCCCAUUCCUCAGACAUUACAGACAAACAAAAAUGUAGAGGAGUCAGAUUCCAAUAAUGCAUCUGGUAAUGUUGUAAAUCCUGCAAACCCUGCACCUCUCAAAAAAAAGCCUUCAGUAACUGUUUCUUCUUCUUCUACUGUGGCAUCAAAAACUACUGUUCCUGAAAAACCCAGCAAAUCAGAGGAAAAGUGUGUAAACAACAAACCCCCAAUGGUUCCAAAGCCCCCAGGAAUCAAACAGGAACCACAAGCUUCUGGUGAAAAGCAGUCAAGACCAGAGCCUUCGAGGCCUCUCCCUGGGAGGGGACGGGGUCAGCCCCCAGUGCCUGUACAAGUGCCUGGACGUGGCCGUGGGCAGAGGGGCCGUGGAGAGUUUAGAGGAGCAAACGCUGUCCCGCUAGGAGAGGAGAUGGCAGAAAUGUCCUACAACUACAUGCCACCCGAAGAGGAUUUAGGGAUAGCAGAAGAUCAGGAAGAAAGUCACUGGGAAGAUCCCUCAUACGAGGACUUUGCUUGUGAGGAAUCUGAGGUGCCUACUGAAGAUAUGUGGAUGCCAGAGGAAGAUCAAUUUCAAACAGAGGAAGAGUAUUAUCAAGAGCCAAUAGGAGGACCACCUAUGGGGAGAGGCAGGCCUCCUAUGAUGAGAGGAAGGCCCCCUAUGAUGAGAGGAGGGCCACCAAUGAUGAGGGGAGGGCCCCCAAUGAUGAGAGGUGGACCACCUAUGGUUAGAGGAGGGCCGCCAAUGAUGAGAGGAGGCCCACCUAUGGGAAGAGGUGGCCCUCAUAUGGGUAGAGGUGGGCCGCCUAUGGGUAGAGGUGGGCCACCUAUGGGUAGAGGAGGUCCACCUAUGGGUAGAGGGGGUCCACCAAUGGGUAGAGGGGGUCCCCCAAUGGGAAGAGGAGGGCCACCUAUGGGAAGAGGAGGACCACCUAUGGGAAGAGGAGGACCACCUAUGGGAAGAGGAGAUCCAAUGGAUAUGCACUGGGAAGAACCUGAAUCAGCUGAGUACUCGGAGGAAGUGGACCCUUAUUGGGGAGAAAUGAGACCAUUAAUGAGAGGAAUGAGACCCCCGUUUCCACCUGGCCGUGGUCGCCCUCCACGUGGUCAUCCUGGUUUCUUGCACCAAGGAAGGGGACGUCCCCCUCAUCCAGCACAUGGACCAAUGGAUCAUGACCUGUUAGGCCACGAAAUGGACACUAAUGAUCCUGAAACCGAUGCAGCAGGACACCCCAUGUACCAUGGACAUGACCCUCACAACCAUCCAAUGCAUCCCGAUGUAGGAAGAGGCAGACGUCGUGUGCCACCACCACACCAUGAAAUGAUGGAUACUAUGGAGGAGCAUAUGUAUGAUGAAGGAAUGGAUGGAUGGCAACCACCACAUGGCAGAGGACCUCCUCUGCCUCCACAUGAGUUAAUAGGUAGGGGAGGAGCAAGGAGCAGACCUAUGGGUCGAGGAUUGGGAAGAGGAAUGUGGCGGCCAGGUCCAACACAUGAAGAAUAUCAAGAGGGAUAUAAUGAGGUUUUCGUUGAGGAUUAUGGCCAUGGGGAAGACAGGUACAGCUGGCGGCCACCACAGGACUGUCCUACUGAUGAACAUGAGCAUGAGGCCAAGUUCUAUAAGUCUGAAUGGGACAGAGAUCGUGCUCCACCUGAAAGGGACUAUCCCCCCCGCAGGCCUCCACCAGACACCUUCAGGGAUGGUCAUUGGCCAGAGGAAAGAGAAAGAGAAAAAGGACCCCCAUAUCCAUUUGAUGAGCAUGAAAGGGGAAGAGGAGAACUUAGAAUUCGUGAAUAUAGGGAAGAGCCACCAUACCGCCAGGAGGAGCCACCGUUCCCACCACCACCUUCGACUGAAUGGGAUAGACCUUCAAGACUCCCUCCACCACCAGAGAGAGGGUAUCCACCUGACUAUGAAGAUCGCAGACCUCGCUAUGAUGAGCAAAGGGGAGAGCUUUCUUUGAAUAAACUUCCACCACCAGCUCCAACUGCACCUGUCACAAACCUACCAGAGAGCUCAGUUGAACCAGCAUCAGGAGCAGCCGGCGCUAAUGUACUUGCUCUCUCCCAACGCCAGCAUGAGAUCAUCUUGAAAGCUGCUCAAGAGCUUAAACUGAUAAGAGAACUGCAAGAGGGGAAGAACCCUGGUCCUGAGCCCCAGCCUGCACCAACUGACAUCUUGCCUGAUCUCCCUGCUGGUCUCCUCGGUUUGGAGAUCCCACCAGAAGUCAGGAAUGUUUUGAAGGGCAUGAGUGCAGCUGCACAGACAGUCACAACUGAGCCUGUGUCUUGGGAUACAAAGCCGACUGCUAGAGAUUACCAGUCGGUCCUCCCUGCUGCUCCCACAGCUUCAGUGAUUCCAAAGACUGUGGAUUAUGGGCAUGGACAUGAGCCUGGUGCCACUGUUGAGCGGAUGUCUUAUGGUGAAAGGAUUGUGCUGAGGCCUGACCCAGUGCAGUCAGACAGGGGUUAUGAAAAAGAACCUCUUGGUCUCAGAGAUCCUUAUGGCAGAGACCCUUAUUAUGAAAGACGAUCAGACCCUUACAUGGACCGUAGGGAGUACAGUAGAGAGAGGGACUUGUACCGAGAAAAGCCUCCGCCUGAAUAUGAAAGAGAUAGAUUUGAGAGGGAGCGCUAUCCCCCAAGAGAAAGAGAAGACAGCACACACUCCAUGGUUGAUGAAAGAUCUCCACUGGCACCACUUCUACGCUCAGGAUUCAGGGAGCGAGAGUGGGAUCCUCGUAAUCGUGACCGAAGUGGCAGUCGUGAUCGAGAGGAACAUUACGGAAGGCCUGGCUACGACAGACCUCCCUAUGAGCGUGCCUCACUUGACCGCAGUGGGCCUGAGCGUUACAGUCAUAGCUCAUCACCUUACGUGGAAAGAAGAAGUUAUCCAGAGGACAGAGGGCCUUCCAUUGCACCACCUCUACCACCACCACCUCAGCCACCCCCACGAAUCGAGAAGAAGCCAGAAAUCAAGAAUAUUGAUGAUAUCCUCAAACCACCUGGCAGAUCAUCUCGACCUGAAAGGAUAGUCAUCAUAAUGAGAGGGCUUCCAGGAAGCGGAAAAAGCCAUGUUGCAAAGCUCAUACGGGAUAAGGAGGUCGACUGUGGUGGUGCCCCCCCGAGAGUUCUUGUAUUGGACGACUAUUUCAUGACGGAGGUUGAGAAAGUUGAGAAAGACCCAGACACCGGGAGGAGGGUCAAAACCAAGGUUCUUGAAUAUGAGUAUGAGCCAGAGAUGGAGGACACGUACAGGAGCAGCAUGCUGAAGACAUUUAAGAAAACUCUGGAUGACGGCUUUUUCCCCUUCAUCAUUUUAGACACUGUUAAUGACCGAGUCAAACAUUUUGAUCAGUUCUGGAGUGCAGCCAAAACUAAAGGCUUUGAGGUAUAUCUGUCUGAAAUCACUGCAGACAAUCAAACUUGCGCAAAAAGAAAUGUCCAUGGACGUUCACUUAAGGAAAUAACGAAGAUGUCCAACAACUGGGAGUCGUCACCACGUCACAUGGUUCGCUUAGAUGUCCGGUCCUUGCUUCAGGAUGCUGCUAUAGAGGAGGUUGAAAUGGAAGACUUCAAUCCCGAUGACGAGCCCAAGGAACCAAAGAGAGAGGAGGAGGAAGAGGGAGAUCUGGGCUACAUUCCAAAAAGCAAAUGGGAGAUGGACACGUCUGAGGCAAAACUUGACAAGUUGGACGGUCUGGGGAGUAGCGGGAAGAGGAAACGUGAAGGUGAACACACGUCAGACCUGGAAGACUAUCUUCAGCUGCCGGACGACUAUGCCACACGCAUGUCGCAACCGGGAAAGAAACGGGUUCGAUGGGCUGAUCUUGAAGAGCAGAAGGAAGCAGAUCGAAAGCGCGCUAUUGGCUUUGUGGUGGGUCAAACGGACUGGGAGAGAAUAACGGAUGGGAGCGGCCAGCUGGCACAAAGAGCUCUCAACCGUACCAAAUAUUUCUAAGAAGAUAAUCUUAUCCCCUUUUUUUUCCUCUAUUGAAAGGUGCUCAGAAUGUGAAAUGUGUCGCUGAUGCUCACAUGGGUGAAACACGAGACUCAUCGAGGUCAUCUGUAGAUAUCAGAUUCUUAGUUAUUCAUGGAGAAGGCUACAGUUUCCUGCUUAUUUUUAAAAGACACUCUUGACUAUUCAAAAAUGAACUUGUAGUUAAUGAUUCUGUGCUACUUCUGGUCAUCCUGUAUCAAUUCAUGUUCUUUGCUGUUUUAUACUGGUCAUGUUUUAUUUACUGUAUUGUCGCACUGGUUCCUGGUCCGUGCAUACUUGGAAAAAAGACAAUAAACAUUUCAAAAAAUCAAUAA